UUAUUAUCGUUUCUGUUUUUCCAACUGAUUUAAGAAGAUUUUCACAAUUUUCACACGGAUUCAAAAAUUGCGGUGUGUUGCUGAUCGAAACAAGUGUGAUAGAUGUUAGGGUGGAGCACAUCGCAUUCUCAAGCUGUCCUCGGUCCUCUACACACACCGAUAAUUUGUAGAAUUUGAUUUCUUUUGAUACGAAUCUCCCACAUAACAGGUGCACAACCACAUUUGUUCGAAUGAACAACUCUUGAUGGAAUGUGGCAAUUUUUAGUUCUUUAUGUAUAAAGGAUUCAGUACUAUUCACCAUAGAACUGUCGCAGCAGUUGUCUUCAUAUCACCGAUUUCUGUAGAUAUUUUGCCAGACCAAAAUACGAAGUAAAAUGCCGUUGAUACUUAUCACUGGGGUACCAGGCAUCGGCAAAACUACACUGAUUCGUAACCUCAGCGUGGAACUUCUGAAACGUAAAAUAGGUUUUAAUGGAUUUUACACUGAAGAAAUCAGAAACCACGAAGGGCAGCGCUGCGGUUUCGACAUUGUAACGUUCGAUGGUAAAAGGGCACCAUUGGCCCGUGUGAAUGGACCGGGAUCAAACGCCGCGGCGAAAAAUAAUUUCGUUGGAAAGUAUGCCGUUUGUGUUACCGAGUUUGAAUCCAUCGCGCUAGAUGUUCUCGUUAAUCGACCGCUGGGUGAGAUUUUACUACUUGAUGAGAUCGGUAAGAUGGAACUGAAAUCACGAAAGUUUGAAGAAAAUAUUAAGCGAAUCACGGAUGGUGUUAUUCGCGAGGAAUUGUUUCUGAUUGCAACAAUUCCUCUAAAGGUGCGGCUUAAUACUGUGGAACGAUUGAAAACGAUUCAAAAUGUGCGACUUUUCCACGUGACUCUAUCCAGUCGUAAAUCUAUUCAACAAGAUAUUCUAGGGGUUAUUACCCAGACACUGGGGAAUUCGGACUAACAGCGAAUGCUUUUGUUGUCUUACAUAUACAUUUUAUCGAUAAGUAUAAAUAGUUUCGCUUAUUGAUUUCAUAACAUAAUAUAAAUUGGCUCAUAACAAGCGUACUUUUCGCUAUCCGUUGCUCAUUUUUACGUCAUACUUGCUAUCCGAUCGCGUCGACUUUUUGGGUGAACGCUUGGUGCACUUCUCCAUAUCGUUGAAAUUGUCCGCUUGGGCGGCCCAGAAAGCGUUUUGCCUAUCACUAAUUUCCAGCUCAUUGGUUGAGAAAUCCUCGUUCGGUGGCAACAGCAGACUCCAGCUGCGAUCGCUGUUCAAUUUCGCGACCGAGUUCAGAAUCUCAUGUAUUUCUUCGGUAGGCAACUGGGUAAUCAGUGCUAGCUGAUGCCGCUCCAGUGUAUCGCAUUGGGUGUAUCGAUAGAGAAUAUAAUCCCGUGCUUUGCACAUCUGCUCUGCUGGAACACCAUUUGUCCUAGAAACGCUCCCUUCUGGGUAGAUGAUGUCCGACUGGACAACCCAGUUGCCCCGGAUUAAUACACCCGCCAUCGGAAGAGUGCGGAGAACUUUUUCCGUGGCGACACUUCGAUCCGGCAGAAGGUCAAUAAUUUGCUGGAACGUUAGCACUUUCGCUGUGAAAUUAACAAAAUCCCGAAAUGAGUUAACAUUGUGAAACCCUUCACUGAAAAAAUAAAAUAAAAA